AUGGAGGAUACGGUCACCGCAUUGUUCUUCAACUCGUACAUUUACACGCCUCGAGAUCCAUUGAUUCGACCUGGGUCCAUGGAAUUUCUUCCUCAGUUAUAUGCCUCUGCCCCAUUCGACUCACAUCUGCGUAUGAGCGCCCUGGCCGUGGCGUAUUUCGGAGUUGCCGCCUGGACACGCCAGGAGAAUCUGCUCCAUUCUGCACAGCAAUGCUUUGGAGCAGCACUGACUCGCACUCGACAUGCGCUACAGGGCGAUGUUGAACGUGACUACGAUGAGAUUUUGAUGACGAUGAUGUUGCUCUAUAUCUUUGAGGAAUUCGUUUCUAUAAAAGAGAACAAGCCCUCGCCGAAGCAUCACUUGCGAGGCGCUAUUGCUCUAAUCAACAACUGUAGCCCUGAGCGGCGGAAAUCGUACUUGUCGGAUACACUAACGAAUGCGAUCCAGGGAGAAAUCGUACACUCCGCCAUCGAUAAACGAUCACCACUGUUCCGAACACCCUCUAGCUGGCCUCUCUCUCCGGGAAUCCCAGAGCUCGCUUCAUCCCGCCUGAUGAUGAUCGCGCCACCAUUAGUGAAGCUACGCGAGCGCUGGGUCGAAUUUUCGUCUCGUGCGGACACCGCAGACAUGGACGAAAUCAACUCAAUCCUCUCUGAAGCCCGCACCCUCGAUGCCCAAUUCGCUGCCUGGACUUUCUCCCUUCCAAAGCACUGGUACCCCGUGCCAGCGUCCUACUUCCCGCAAUCUGUCCGCGAUGCCGGCGCCUAUCAAGGCCGCUGUGACUGCUACACGGACGUCUGGAUCGCCGAGACAUGGAACCAAUAUCGCACCUUCCGGCUGUCUAUCCACAACAUUAUCUACAGAUGCUUAUGCCUUCUACCAAACCAUGAGAACGAGAUUGAGGCUGCCACCGAGACAGCUCGCGCCCUAGCGAUCGAUAUCUGCGCCAGCGUGCCAUUUUACCUAGGGAGCCAGACGGGCUCCAUGACCAUCACUGACAGCCGGGUUGAGUAUCCGAGCGCGGAGGCAGCACCUUCACAGAAGGGGGCGCAAUUGGUGGGUGGAUGGGUCAUCAGGCCGGGGCUGGAUACGCUUUGUUCUGCGGAGAAUCUGCCGGAGGAUCUGGUGGAGUGGGCGAGGGGGCAGGUUCGACGGGUGCAGCAUAUAUACACAGCUGGGCUGAUCCAUUAA